GUUGUCUCAGUUUUUAAUUUCAGUCUUUAAUUUCGAUAGAAUUUCUCUGUAAGAUUUUCGCAAACAGAAACAAAAUGCCGAUCAUGUAUAAUACGGGAGAUUGGUUUACUUUACAACCAAAUACUUACCGAAAGUUUGAUUUACAUACACCUGAUUGGCCUAUAGAUCUGGAUUUGGAAUAUAUGAAAGUUGUGUGUGCGCCAUAUGGCGGCCCAAUAGCCGUCACUCGUGAUCCUCAGCAAAUAGUACCCAUUAAAGGCACUGCGAAACCAGUAAUCCGCAUAUUCGAUACAGCUGGACAAGAGCUAAGCAAAAUAUGGUGGAAUCACGGAAAACUCAUUUCUAUGGGUUGGUCAGAUAUGGAAGAACUGAUAUGUGUACAGGACGAUGCUUUAGUAUUUAUUUAUGAUAUAUUUGGUCAAGAGAAAGAAUCGUAUAGUAUGGGCCAAGAAGCCAGUCUAACCAAAGUUUUGGAUGCAAAAAUUUUUCAAUCAUCUACAGGAACUGGGGUAGCUGUAAUGACCACAAAUGGUCGUAUUUUCCUAAAGCACAAUAAUACCAAAGAUUUUCGUUCGCGUUUAUUACCCGAAAUGCCAAAAUCGUCUGCUGAAUGUACAUGUUGGGAAUUAGUUACCGAGGACCGUAAUAGUUAUUGUUUGUUAGGACGCGACCGGGAAAUAAUUAAAUUAUUUCCUGGAGAAUCCCUGGGAUCUAUUACGCGAAAUUUAAUAGAUAAAUCUUUUGAACGCAUUCUGCUCAUUGCAGUAUCAUAUGAUCAUCAAAAUUUGGCCCUAUACACUAAUACGGGUAUAUUAUGGAUGGGCAGUGUUGAUAUGAAGGAAAAAUAUUGCGAAUUUGAUACUGGUCGCAAAGAUAUUCCAAAACAAAUCGAAUGGAUUAUGAAUGCGGAUAAAACAGGUUCGGAUGCUGUUGUAAUCGCUUACACUUCAUUUUUAUUGGUGGUAAAUAGGAAUGGCGACAAAAAUCUUUUCACUUACGAUAACGCGAUAUAUUUGGUGUCGGAAAUGGACGGAGUACGGAUUUUAACUCAUAAUUCCCAUGAAAUGGUACAAAAGUUGCCGAAAUGCGUUCAAAACAUAUUUGCAAUCAACAGUCAAGAGCCAUCAAGCUUUUUGUUUGAAGCUCAGAAAAAGUUUCAAGAGAAAUCCUAUCGAGCCGAUGAAUAUUUAAGUUUAUGCCGAGAUCGUGUGGAUGCGGCAGUGGAUGAAUGCAUAGAGGCGGCUGGUUACGAAUUUUGCACUACAACUCAGAAAAGUUUAAUGCGGACGUCUUACUUUGGCAAAGGUUUUAUAGCAUCUCACAAUCCGGACAAGCACGUACAAAUGUUACGUAUUUUAAGAGUUUUAAAUACUUUACGACAUCCGAGAAUCGCUAUGCCUUUAACAAUUAAACAAUUUCAGCAUUUAAAACCUGAAGUUAUUUUGGCACGACUAGUAUUUCGAAAACACUAUGCCAUUGCCAUUCAGAUAGCCAAACAUUUAAAGCUUCCGGAAUCAUGGAUUUUGGAGCACUGGGCUUUUCAUAAAGUGAUGAACGACAAAAAUGAUAAUGAAGUGGCCAGAAAAAUUACGGAAAAAUUUAAGAAUCCAUCGAUCGAAGGUAUAUCGUUUUGUAAUAUUGCCGAAAAAGCUUAUGCAGCCGGCCGCGAUGAAUUAGCUAUUAAGUUGCUAGAGCUGGAGCCUAGAGCCUUUUUGCAAAUACCGCUUCUGCUUAAAUUGGGAAAAUAUGAUCGAGCUGUGCAAAGUGCAACUCAGUCAGGAGACACGGAAUUGGUGGCAUCCAUUUUAAUAGAAAUUAAAAAGAAAAUGAUGCUCACUAACUUUCAUAUGAUAAUACGAGAAUAUCCCAUGGCUUUGAAUAUUUAUAAGAAAAUCAUGAACGAGUGGAGCCGUACCGCUUUAUAUGAUAUUUAUAACACCGAAGAUGAUCACAAAUCUAUCGCAGAAUAUCAUUUUAAGAAUGCUUUAGAAAGCGAUAGUCUUGAAUCAAAUCUACCUAUUAUAGCUAAUAGUUAUACUCAAGGUCGUCGGAAUGUUGAAGCAGAACUUUGCUCAGAUACUAAUAAAUUAAUGAAAUUGCAAAAAGCUUUAACCAACAAAUAUACCAGCAUUUAUGGCAACAUUCCAUUUUAUCGCUUAUCUGUACAUAGUACAAUAGAGAAAUUAUUAGAAUUGGGAGAAAUGAAAGAAGCUGAGAAAGUGAAAAACGAUUUUAAAGUGCCAGAAAGAAGAUUUUGGUGGUUACGUAUUAUAAGUUUAUCUAACAAAUACAAGUGGGAUGAUUUAGAGAAAUUUUCGAAAAGCAAGAAAAGUCCAAUAGGAUACGAACCGUUUGUUGAGGUUUGCCUAAAACAAAACAAUUUAACGGAAGCCCGCAAAUAUAUACUUAAAUGUCGCGAAGAUCGUAAAUCGUAUUGGUAUAUAAGGGCAGGGCUAUACGAUGAAGCUGCUGAUACGGCUUACGAUCAAAAAGAUUUCAACACCUUGUACAUGUUACAACAAAAAGCGAAUACUACUAGCAAUCGGCAAUUAUUGGAGAAGAUUAAUACAUAUAUUGCGGUCUUGGCGUCAAAAAAAUAGAAUGCUAAAGAAAACAAAUAUGAAAUUUAUAUUAACGAGAAUUGUGGGCAUUUAACAAACGAUGGUUAGCAAAGAUGUUUAGUUGUCCUAUUUUACCGCAUUAUACAUUGCCUUGAUUAGCACGACCUUUCAUCAAUCAAAUCUCGAUUUUUCUACAAUUUUAUUUGCCUUCGAAUUUUAACACGAAACGAGGAGCAGCCAUAGUAAUUAUGUGUACUUUAUGUCUUUCCUUCACUUUUACAACCGAAGCAAUAAAUAAAUCGUACGAAAUGCCCUUACAGAUGGUUAUAAAUCAUCGUUCAUUGCAUAGGAUAAAUUGAUAUUAAAAAUAACAAAACACUUUUCAAAUUAUGCAUAUAAGUAAUAAAGUAAAAAAAUAUAUUCUAAUUCGUUUAUUAAGUAUAUAAAGUAAAGUUUAUAAAGUACCAUACUUUGUUGCGGAAAUGUUUUUGUUAGUUACAAUUCGUUCCGUCGUUUUGGAAAUUAUAUCACCAUUCUGGGAAGAUACGCCCAUAUACGUAUCUUAACUGGAACUCGAGGUUUUUCUCGGGGCGCUGAGUGUGCGUUUUCACACUCUGUGUGCUAUCGGGCACCGUGGGGCUAAGCCUUCACGUCAGCAAGCACCUAGAGACAUCUGCUCUCAUCAAUAAAUUUUAAAGAUAGAAGAAAGAAAUUGCAAGAGUUUUUUCUUCAUUAGAAGAAAUUUAUUUAUCAUGUAAUUCGCACAGUAUAUAGACAUAUUUAAGUAUAUGUGUACGUAUAUUAUG